GAGCGGGGGCGCGCGCGUCCCCUCCGCCCGGCGCCCGCUCGCCUUUUGGCUGCCGCGCCUGCUGCCGAUGGCGGGGAGGCUGUGAGCUCCUCGGUGGCGGCGGCAGCAGCGGCGCUCUCCGCCGGGCCCGGCCCUGCCCAGCCAUGUCCUACCCGCAGGGCUACCUCUACCAGCCGCCGGGCUCGCUGGCGCUCUACUCCUGCCCGGCGUACGGGGCGUCGGCGCUGGCGGCGCCCCGCAGCGAGGAGCUGGCCCGGUCGUCGUCGGGCUCGGCGUUCAGCCCCUACCCGGGAUCGGCGGCGUUCACGGCCCAGGCGGCGGCCACCGGCUUCGGCAGCCCGCUCCAGUACUCCACCGACCCGGCCGCCGGAUUCCCCUCGUACAUGAGCUCUCCUUACGACGCCCACACGACGGGCAUGAGCGGGGCCAUCAGCUACCACCCCUACGGCAGCCCGGCCUACCCGUACCAGCUCAACGACCCGGCCUACCGGAAGAACGCCACGCGCGACGCCACGGCCACGCUGAAGGCCUGGCUGCAGGAGCACCGCAAGAACCCCUACCCGACCAAGGGCGAGAAGAUCAUGCUGGCCAUCAUCACCAAGAUGACCCUCACGCAGGUCUCCACCUGGUUCGCCAACGCCCGCCGACGCCUCAAGAAGGAGAACAAGAUGACCUGGGCGCCCCGCAACAAGAGCGAGGACGAGGCGUCGGACUUGGAGGGGGACGGCGGCGGCGGCGGCCUGCGGGCCAAGGAGGCCUCGGACAAAGGGCGGGAGAGCAACGAGGCGUCGGCCGAGGACGAAGGGAUCAGCCUGCAGGUCGACUCCCUCACCGACCACUCCUGCUCGGCCGAAUCCGACGGCGAGAAGGCGCCGGGCCGGGCCGGGGACCGGCUUUGCGAGUCGGGCUCGGAGUGUAAGGACAAGUACGAGGAGAUCGAGGAGGACGAGGAGGAAGACGACGUCGAGGAGGACGACGACGAAGAAGAAGAGGAGGAGGAGGAGGCGGGCCGAGGCCUGCCCGCCAAGCCGGUCACCUCGUCGCCUCUCACCGGGGUGGAAGCCCCGCUCUUGGGCCACCCGCCGGGCGAGGACGCCUCCCGGAACGCCAGCAAAGCGCUCUUGGACGGACGGCUGCCCGCCUCGGCGGCCUCGCAGACCACGCCGGCCAGCAAGCCCAAGCUCUGGUCGCUGGCCGAGAUCGCCACCUCGGACCUUAAGCACCCGCCGCCUCCACCGCCCGGCCUGGGGCCCAGCUGUCCGCCCGCCUCCGCCCCGCACAGCGCCGCCUACCCGGCCUCGUCGCUCCUGGGGAGGCAUAUUUAUUACACGUCGCCUUUUUAUAGCAACUACACAAACUAUGGGAACUUCAAUGCCCUCCAGGGCCAGAGCCUCCUGCGAUACAACUCCGCCGCCGUGGCCUCCGGCGAGGGACUGGGCCAGGCCGGCUUAAGCGGCGGCGGGAGCGCGGCGCACAAGCAGGGGGCGGAGAACUCCCUGAAACACCUCGCCAGCCACCUCGAACAGCACUACAAGCCCUCCGGUUCGGACGCGAAGAAAGACCCCUCUGAAGUGUGCACGGUGGGAGGAGGGGAGCUGCAGAAAAGCGUGGCGCAGCUCUCAGUCAUUUUCACCAGGGACUUCCUUCUCAUUCUUGACGAUGCGGAGUGCCGACUCCACUUGGAUCUGGCGGACCCCCACCCCCCUCCUGCUGGCCCGGGGGAUCCCGGCAGCGGCUGGCCGGAGCUGGGCUCCGCGGUCGCCUUCGGGAGGAAGAAGCCUUUGGCCAGGCCCCGCCGGGCGCCCGAAGAGCAAGGCAGCCCUCCCCGGGCCCCUCCGUUCUCCGAGGCGCGGACCCGCUCCGGCUGGCUGCAGGGGGGGGGGCGCCCCUCUUCUUCAGCCCCGGCAAAGCGGGACGUCGCUCUGGGUCUCCCGGCUGCUCCCCCGAGUGAGCUGCGCGCAGCCAGGAAAGCGGCUCCCCUUGCCUCGCCCGUGGGAGAGCCGGAAGGUCCCCACAACUUUCUCCUUCUGGCGCCGGCCCUCCGCUGGGGGACCGCCGAGCAGCUGCGCGACGGGUGGGGCGCGGAGGCCACGUCUGUGAUCGGCUGUCGCCUGGGCGCCAGUGUCGGUUUCACCGGGCUGCGGACGGAGACGCGCCGUCUGGAAGAGCAUCCGGGCUUCGCGCGGUACCUGUCAAGCUGCCACCACCACCACUGCUGCAACAGGAGGCAGCCCAGUUGGCAGGCCAUGGCAGCUGCAGCCCAGGCCCUGGAGCCCUCCCGGAAACAGUUGGCAGUGGAGCAGGCAGAGCGGGCCGAGGCAGGUGGCAGCGGCUGA